AUGUCUGUGAAAACGAAAGGGAAAGCCGAGAUAAAGCAUUUUGGCCAUCUAAAUGAUCAAGGAAAACAGUCAACGCCUCUUGAGCAGUAUGAGAUAACCCAAAGGAAAAUCGAUCUAAUCAAGCGCUCAAUUGAAAGAAAUCCUCUUGACAUAUGGUUUUUCAAAGACCGAUUUCAAUCUGAACAGGAUCAACUGACGUUUUCACUCUUUUCGAACAGUAGUAUCGUCUCGCGAGGUCAAACAACGAGAAGUCUAAAGAAUGUCAUCCGUCGAUCACUACAAGGUGAAAAUAUAGAUACUGUUAUAAUGGGAGGUUCAAUCUCAGCAGGUGGAGGAUUAAACUAUGACAGAGAAGACCUCAGGGGAGUGUACUACCGCGUUUUUGCUGACUGGUGGCAAAAAGCUAUCCAACCUUUUACGGGUUCUUCCAUCAAACUUCAUAACUUGGCUGUAGGCGGAACAGGAAGCAACUUUUUCGCUUUUUGCUACAGAACUUUACUAAAUCCAGGCACUGAUAUAGACUUGGCGUUUCUUGACUUUACAGUCAACGAUUAUGUACAGUUUUCAGGUUCCAAAUUUCCUAUAGCCUUACCACUGGAACAGCUUAUCCGAGAAGUUCUUAGCGAAAAGAAGUCUCUACCAAUUUUUUUCAUUGACUUUGUAAGAGGGGUUUCAAAAAGUCCUACCUGCAAUAACUUAGAGAAUCACGGUCAAACAGUUCUCGCUCAAAACUAUGGAAUAACCUCAAUAACUCUCCGCAAAUUUUUCUGCUCGAAUCCAUCAAAUGGAAACAACUAUCCAAGAAUGUUUGCCUCUGACGGAAACCACCCUAGUAUUCUGUCUCAUGCUCAGGUCGCUUUAUUGAUCAUAAAUUAUGUUCGAAAGACAAUUCUAGAAGUAAUUGACACUAUAGCUAUUUCAAAGCAAAAGAGCAUAGUUUUUAACAAUUUUUCCACCAGCCUGAGUGAGCUCCCAAAACCAGUGUUUAGGAAGAAUCUGAGACAGUUUCUUGACAAACCACGCUGUUUUACGCAAAUAUUACCCGAUGCUACGAAAAAUUCGUCAUUACAUCAAACAUUGCAGGUAAGAGAAAUCGGGAACCUCGGAUUUCGGGUUUUGCCGAAGACAUUUAUAAACCAACCUGGCCAGGUGAAUCCAGUCAUGACUCUUAACGACGGCUUCCAGAAAUUUCGGACGGAUGCUUAUCGAGGAUGGAUGGCGAAUUCUAUGGAUUCUCUUCUUGAACUGGAAAUAUUCCUCCCAUUAGUUGCAUUGUCCUCUAUGGAUAAACGAUUUAUGAUUAAGGGGGAACCCACAAGAAGUGUUGCUAUAGCCGUACGGACGCACAAUAAGGGGGCAAACGCCAGGGUGUGGAUAGACGAGUUCGAGGAAAAUGGAGUUUUAAUAAACACUAGCUCCAUGUAUGGACACACCAAACUCCAUACCAUUGUCCAGCACGUGACACAGGGUCGUCACGUUCUUAGCGUGAGGACGACGACAGCUGGGGUUUUUACUUUAGUGGGUGUUAUGAUUGGUCCAGUAUACAAA